GAUGCAAAGCGCGGGGAAACAAUUGGCCGAUCAUCAGAAGGGUUUUGCGUAGCCCCUCGAUCUUGGUUGCUAUUUUGUGGACCAAAUUUCCCGGUACAACAGUCUUUGUACAUUUACCCACGUCUACUCCCAACCCCAUAAUCUACUCAAUUGCUAUCAUGUCCACCAAACACUGGAACUACGGUGAGAAGGACUUGGUCCUCUCGUCGCUCAAGGGCCUCGUUGCCGCCACCCCGUCGCUCGCACUCCUCGAAUCAUCCAAGGUUGUGCUUAAGACUGCUAAUUUGCACCAAAAUGACAAGAUCACGUUGAUUUCUGGCGGUGGUUCCGGCCACGAGCCACUCCACGCGGGUUUUGUGGGCUCCAACCUCCUCGAUGUAGCGGUGGCAGGCUCUGUUUUUGCCUCCCCGUCCACCAAACAGAUCUACGCCGGGAUCAAGUCCACCCCGUCCUCUAAGGGGACCUUGAUCAUCGUCAAGAACUACACCGGUGACAUUCUCCACUUCGGGCUUGCAGGUGAACGCGCCAAGUCUGAUCCCUCCAUCAGCGCCCCGGUGGAGUUGGUUAUCGUCGACGAUGACGUCGCCGUUGGCAAGCAGAAGAACGGCUUGGUUGGCAGAAGGGGUCUUGCAGGGACGAUGCUUGUGCACAAGAUUUGUGGUGGUGAAGCAACCGGUCACUCUUUGAAGCACGUGGCUAACUUGGCGAGAAAUGUCGCGAAAAAUUUGGUCACUGUCGGUGCCAGUUUAGACCACUGCUCCGUGCCAGGUCGUGCGGAGGAUGAGGCUGCCGAGGGCGUUGCCGCCAACACUGUCGAGAUCGGACUCGGCAUCCACAAUGAACCGGGUGUCAAGAAAGUUUCGCCGCUUCCGUCAAUUGACAGUCUCGUCUCUGGCCUUUUAGACUUGUUGCUCGACGCAUCUGACACCGACAGACACUACGUGGAUUUUGCGGCCGAUGAUGAGGUGGUGCUCUUGGUGAACGACUUGGGUGGCACCUCCAACUUGGAGUUGUAUGCCGUCGUCGACGCGGUGGUGAGCGGCUUGGCUGUGCGCGCUAUCAAGCCGGCGAGAAUCUAUGUCGGUGAUUUUGUCACGUCCUUGAACGCGCCAGGCUUCUCCAUCACGUUGUUGAACGUGUCACAGGUGGACAGCUUCACCAGCACCCAGAUCUUGCAUUUGUUGGACUUGCCGACCGACGCGCCGGGCUGGAAGAUCAAGACGUACGAUGCUAGUCACGACUUGGCCGGCAGACUUAUUCAUAGCGAUGAAAUCGCCGACCACGAGGUGCAGUCUUCUUUGCGUGUUGAUGGUGCUAGUUUUGAAAGGGUCUUGCGCGCCGGGUUGGCGAACAUGUUAUCCCAGGAGGCCAAGAUCACGCACUAUGACACCAUCGCCGGUGACGGUGACUGUGGCGAGACCCUUGCCGCUGGUGCCCACGGAAUCUUGGCGGCGUUGGACAAGAAGACCCUCCAGGUGCAAGACCCCGUGUGGAGUUUGUCGCAGAUCACCAACAUUGUUGAAGACUCCAUGGGAGGUACCUCCGGCGGGUUGUACUCCAUUUUCCUCUCGGCCUUGGUGGAAGCCUUGUCCUCUGCCUCGGCGACCGAGUUGUCCGUAGACUUGUUAGCGCUGUCGUUGAAGAGCGCCUUGAAUUCGUUGUACGUGUAUACCAAGGCCAGAACCGGUGACCGCACGUUGAUUGACACCUUGGCACCUUUCGUCGAGACACUCUACAAGACCAAGUCGUUGGACCAGGCGGUGGAGGCCGCUGCAAAGGGCACCAAGUCGACCGCGCAGUUGUUAGCCAAGUUCGGUAGAGCCUCGUACGUGGCCAAAGAAGAGUUUGAGAAACAGGAGGACGGGAUUCCAGACCCGGGUGCGGUUGGGUUGUAUGCUUUGUUAGAGGGAUUUGUUAGUGCAAAAUCAUAGGCAAGUACGUAGCACGAGCUGGGCAUCUUUAGCCAGCUGCGGACAUGUGAAUAUACACUUUAAGGAAAAGAGCUGACAAGUGUGUGGUAUAUAUUAACUAGUUUGUAGUUAGGUACAGCCUGAGUGAGUUGUGGUGCGAGCGCAGGCCGAGUCAACUGACUACGCGAUAGCCGGAUAACCUAUAGUACACUAAUAUACAUCAUAUCGGGGUCUAACAAGGUCUACUACCGAAUUAAAAG